GAAUUCUGAAGGGUUUCAGGUCAUACAUUGUAGUAAAACAACACGAGUAAGAAAUAAAAUAAAAAAGUAUUCCUGGUACUAGAGAACUUAAUCAAGCGACAACAACAAAGAAACAACUGAUAAGUGUCUUUUGGAAGUCGACGGCAGCUUUAUGGACGGCGCAAGCUGAGCAGAUCUCCGAAUUGGUUCUUUCCCUUACCUUCUGGCUGCAGCUCUACAAUGUCCAGAUCCCGUUUGCCCCUGCUUCAACUGUCCCGCCUCGCAUGGAGACUCCGUACAUUCCCUCCCACUGCGUCACGCGUACCUGCUGAAACCUGCGCCUACAGCAGCAACGUCAAGGUGCGCUCCUACUUUCAGUACAUGAAACGCAAGCUGAUAGCCCCUCCCAGUCCUCCGUACCACCACGUGUGUCAGGUAGGUGAUCCGGUGCUGCGUUCAAGAGCCGCGGCUGUUGACCCUGCUGAGAUCAGAGGUCCUGAUGUUCAGGAAGUCAUCAACACUCUAGUCAAGGUCCUACGUAAAUUUGAGUGUGUUGGACUGAGUGCCCCUCAGAUCGGGAUACCGCUUCGAAUCCUGGCUUUGGAGUAUCCUCAAAAGUUGCUGCUCGAAGGUUUGCCCGCCUCAAGAAAAGUUCGGGAUAUUUCUGUUCAGCCACUGAGAAUAUUUAUCAACCCCGAGCUGAGGGUGCUGGACAGAAACAAAGUUAUCUUCCAAGAGGCCUGCGAGAGCAUCUCGGGCUUUUCUGCCGCAGUUCCCCGCUAUCUGUCUGUGGAAGUAUCAGGUCUGAACGAGAACGGAGAAGCUGUGACUUGGCAGGCCACGGGAUGGCCUGCUCGAAUCCUACAGCAUGAAAUGGACCACUUGGAUGGCGUACUCUACAUCGACCGCAUGGACAGCAAGACUUUCUUAAACAUCAACUGGCAUGAACACAAUGAAUGAAAAAGCUUUCGGAGACUACACUAUACGUGGUCUUCUCCUGUGACACACCAAAGGAUGAAAAAGGAAUUCCGACAUACCUUGAGGCUGUGUCCCCGCUGCCUCUCUCUGACCACACACAGCUCCCACUGGGCGUCACCGCCGUCAUUCUCCAGGGCUGCCAGGAGGAGGCGGCACUCGCAGCGGGCCAGGAAGAAGGCGCAGGACAGGUGGAGAAGAUUGUCCAAAAUGUCCGGGCUGACUCUGAGGGACUGGAGCCGGAGCUGCUCCCGCCGCGUCGAGUACUGAUAUCCCAGCAAACCGAAAAGUUUCUCGAUUUGUGUGGCGGACAGCACGGGUUUGAUGUAGUGUGUGAACAUGCCCGAGUACAUCUGGAGACGGUACAAGUCAUGACAGGUAAACAUACGUUUGUCAUGGGAGACAUUGGAAGAAAUCAACCAUCUACCUUGACUUCCUUGUACUCCUCCCUCCAGGGUCCGAGGUAGAGGUUUAGAGCAGCUUGUUCCAGAACCUCAAAAGCUUUAUUCAGACCUUGCAGACCUCCUCUUGCUCUUACUUGUUUGGCGCUGCCUGCUCUUGGAGUCUUUGUUUUCAGUGACUCCUCCAUCACCUUCAGAACAUCCACACCCAAGCAGUGUGUUUGCGAAGCAUUGUCCUCCCUCAGCAACGCUUCUACCUGCUUCCACAGCUCCUCGUCUCCACACGCCAGGUAGGAGCCUCGCUUCACCAUCUGCUGCUCCAACGUGCGACCAUAGGCAGCCACCAGUUGUUGUGCUCGGUCUUGAAAGAUG